AUGGCAGACCAUCAGGAAGCAGACAUCGACUCUAUUGUCGAUAGAUUGUUGGAAGUCCGUGGUUCAAGACCCGGCAAACAGGUGACAUUGAUGGAACAUGAAAUUCGAUACUUGUGCACCAAAGCAAGAGAAAUCUUUAUUCAACAACCAAUCUUGUUAGAAUUGGAAGCUCCCAUCAAAAUCUGUGGUGACAUCCAUGGUCAGUAUUACGACUUGUUACGACUCUUUGAGUACGGAGGAUUCCCACCCGAGGCAAAUUAUUUGUUUUUGGGAGAUUACGUCGACAGAGGUAAGCAAUCCUUGGAAACAAUUUGUUUGUUAUUGGCGUAUAAAAUCAAAUACCCAGAGAACUUUUUCAUCUUGAGAGGUAACCAUGAGUGUGCUUCCAUCAACAGAAUCUACGGUUUCUAUGAUGAAUGUAAAAGAAGGUACAACAUCAAAUUGUGGAAAACUUUCACAGAUUGUUUCAACUGUUUGCCAAUUGCUGCCAUCAUCGAUGAAAAGAUCUUCACUAUGCAUGGUGGUUUAUCUCCCGACUUGAACUCGAUGGAACAAAUCAGACGCGUGAUGAGACCCACCGAUAUUCCUGACGUGGGAUUGUUGUGCGAUUUGUUGUGGUCAGACCCUGAUAAGGAUAUCACAGGAUGGUCGGAGAAUGAUCGUGGUGUAUCUUUCACCUUUGGUCCUGAUGUUGUAUCUCGGUUCUUACAAAAGCAUGAUAUGGACUUGAUUUGCAGAGCGCAUCAAGUGGUGGAAGAUGGUUACGAAUUCUUCUCCAAGCGACAAUUGGUUACGUUGUUUUCAGCUCCCAACUAUUGUGGUGAGUUUGACAAUGCUGGUGCCAUGAUGUCCGUCGAUGAAAGUUUGUUGUGCUCGUUCCAAAUCUUGAAACCUGCUGACAAAAAGCCACGCUAUCCAGCUAACAAUGUUGGUAAUAACAGACCGGUUACUCCCCCAAGAAAACCAAAGAGAGGUUCCAAAUAG